GUGAAGUGCCACAAACAUAAAUCAUUAGUAUAUUUAUCAUUGAUUUAAUCACACAUUCAGUGUUUUUGCAAACUAAAUAUCAAUUUGCAGUCAUAUCGUGGGUGUCGUCACAAAAAUUGUGAUAACAAUACAAUUUAUUGCCGAGUGUUUGUCGCUAUUUCAUCAAAUCGUUAAUAAUGUCGACUCAAAUGGCGGCCAAAUCUGUGGCAACCGCUGAAAAGUCUGAUCAAAAUGGACUGAAAAGUGGUGUCGAAGUGAAGUUUGUGACCAUCGCUGGCAAACAAGUAGAGAUCACUUACGAGACCCGUCGUAGACGAGUCGACAUCUUUGGUCUCCACUCAAGAGAUAGGGAGAGAAAGUCAACGAAUAAUCACUAUUUGAGUAAAAUGUUUAAAUCUAACAAAAGUAAUGAUCGAAACCUAAUGAAUGGCAAACAGAGUAAAGACACGAUUAAGACAAACGAUUUGCCCAAAGAGUCUAUCAGUAAUGGCGUGAAUGACAAGACAUUACAACGUCUGGAGUCGAGCGAAAAGUUUGCCAAAAAGUCCGAUCUCUCGGUCGAGAAGAUUGCGAAUAGGAUUAAGAAGGAGAAGGAACCGGUGAAGACUGGGAACCGCUUCGACACACUCUUG